GAAUCUGAAGCUUAUAUUAAUGUGUCCAGGAAGAGAAUAAAAGCCCUAAUGCAUAUCGAGUGGUGCCUAUUUCAAUUCACCACUCGGGCACAUCCUGUCCUACUACCGAAUCCUCGUAUUCAGACAUCACUACAGUCUCAAUUCUGCCUCAGGCUCAACCCAUUAUGGCUCAACCUACCAUGAACUUCUCUCUGCCGAGCGUGAGGACAUUUCCGCGGCUCUCCCACAUCCAUGUCGUAGCUUGUCUUCCUGGUAAUUGCUUCAGCCUAUACUUGACGAGCCAAAUGCUAGAAGGUCAAGUGGGCACUCCGACAUGGCAACACAUCAAAGCAGUCGAUAAAGAAACCGGCCAGAUCGCCGCCUGGGCCUCAUGGAACACACCAACAGAUGAUGAAAUCCGACAACGUGACAAAGAGCAAGCCCAGCUGGAGGCGGAGAAAAAGACCCUGCAAAGUAGCGGCUUUGACUUUUCAUUAUGAUUGUCAGUCCACGUCCAACAAGUUACUGAUAAACGGCAGAAUCACUGGACGCGCGCGGCGCCACAUGACCUACAAGGCACUUUUUACAAAACCGUCUUUUCAACGAAGAGGGAUGGGAAAUGCGUUGGUCCAGUACGGGAACCUCUUGGCAGAUGAGGCAAGCUUACCUAUCUUCCUUCAGACCUCUCCGUAUAGUUAUCCUAUUUACACUUAGAAUA